GAAAGAUAGCAAAACCAUUCUAAUACCGCCAAAUACUCCAGAGAAAAACACAAGGAAUGUCAAAAAGAUGGUAAAAAUCGCCUGAGAAUGCCAUCUCGCACGAUCUACCUUUGAGCAUUGCAUUAUGACAUCCUGCGAUAUGAUGUAUCAAUUCUAUAAUCCGUAUUUCUCUCAUAAAACACCGUCAACCGACUUUGCGAAGUUUGGAACACCCGGCUUAUCGACAGACCCCCAUCACCUACAGACUAGCGGGCCUUACCCCCACAGCUCCCUCCCCCCGUGUACAGGAAAUGAUAGACACGGGGACAUAGAGGGGGAGAUAGACCCGGAAUCUCAACCCAAGUCAUCUCAGUACCUGAACCCUAACUGUGUUCUUCUGAGUUACUUCUCUGGGGACACGUCUACCGUGGUGGACGAACACUUUAGUCGAGCUCUUAGUCAACCGAGCAGCUUUAACCUGGACCGAAAUUACAGCACCUCCUCCUCAUUUUCCGUCAAAACUAAAGCAGAAAAACCCCUGAUGUGUCAUCGGAGGCUUCCGCCAUCAUUCUGGAACAGUGCUUACAAGCCGCCGUCAGCGCAGCUCGGGACAGGAAGUAACUUUGACUACUCCCGUGAUCCCUACUUCCCGUCCUCCUGGUACUCACUUCAGAAUAACUGGCCCUACAGGCUCCCCUCCCACACCCACACGGACCUUGGCGGAUCCCUCCCGUAUUCUUCGUUUGACGCCACGGGAAAGUUUGGAUCCACCUACCAGUCGUUGAUGUUUCCUGGAAGUUAUGACACAAGACAAUCUAAAUAUGACUUUGCUAAAAAUAUGGAGUCUUUAGCGGGAACAAGUAGUUAUUAUGGAUUAUCCAGAUUAGGAAUGGAUUUUACAUCCAAAGGGGACCCACCAGUCAACGGGUUGGAAUACCAGCUACAGACCGCUCGGCGGGAGUUGUGUUGGUGACACCUCACACGGAAGUUCCUGCUAAUGAGAGAGCACGUCCACUGUGGUUAUAAAUGACAACAAAUCAACGUGCACAUUCACACGUCCAAAAUUUAUACCAUUAUUAAUGAGCACGAUAAAUUUGUUCAAGUUUUUCAGCUUGAUUAAUGGAGGCAAAUGUUGAAAAACUGACAGUCAAAACCGGUGUCGGCAUGCCUCCACUAUCAUCUGAUCAUAAAAACGAUUCGUAGAUUUCGCAUUCAUAUCAUAAUUGUCAUUAUCUCAUUUACUUACAAAGAUUAUAUGAUCUGCUAUAAGUGGCUUCAAUGUACAAUAAAUUGUUAUAUAUAACAUAGA